UUAGUCCAGUUUCCCUGGCGGUUCUUGAUCUUCUUCGCAAGUACUCCAAAGAACUUGAUCCCAGUCAUGUCUCUGCUCCUCAACAUCCCGGUUGAGCUGCGAAAGCUCAUUAUCGAACAUGUGCUCUAUACCUCGCUCAGCCCACCCGUGGCCCCUCUAUCAUCCGACGGGGCCGUAUACCGCGACAUGAGUUACAAAGCAUGGGGCUCGGGAGGGAUCUAUUACACGCAGAAGAACAAGCCCAGCUCCUCGGACAGUCUAUCGCUUCUUCUCACCAAUCACCAACUAGCAACCGAGACUCUCCACAUCCUUGAGCACGGCAAAGUCGACUAUACUCUUGACAUCUCCGUCAAAGACGACUUGAAGCUCUUCCUGACAUGGCUCUCCGUGCCCCGUCUCACGACCCAUGUCUCGACCCUCCACGCGCAUGUGCGCCUGUUUGGACACACCAUCGAGCAGCACAUCGCGCGUUGCCAAGUCGGCGACGGCGGUCGGUUAGGCUUCCACUGGUUCUUCUAUGCGGCCCUGGAGCGGUUCCUCCGCUACGGUCCCGUGGGGGAGAAGAAGCGCAAAGGGGAGGAAGCCGACACGAAGAGUUUCCAGGAUAGAGAGAUUGCAAUCGAAACCCUAGUCCUGGACUUCCGGUCGGCAGAGCUAGAGCUUGCGUUCCCGCCGGAAGAUGUUUCAUACCGGCAUUGGAGAUUUUGGCAUUGUGGUCGAGAUAUUAGGAGUCCAAGCGCAGGUUUGGAGCCGUUGUCAUCGUAUAGAACGCGUCCCGAGUGGCUCUGUCAAUAUCUCAAGCAGGAGAUAGGAGGUCUUCUGCGUAUGAGUUAUUACACUGCAAGGUACGGGGAGCUUUUGUAUGAGCAUAUUGGGACCAUCCGAAUGCUUGUGGACGGGCAGCUGGUUCAUGAGUUCGACCUUGCAGCCGGGUUGGCUCGUCUAGGUUUUACCGAUGAAGGGGGCACGAUGGGUCAUUUACGCAGAGAGGAGAGGGGGUCUGGGUUCUGGGAAUGGAAGAAGGAGACUUUGUCAUUGAGGAAGGAGCGUGGACUGUCUUUCGGGCCGGCAGAAGCUCCAAAGAGGAAUAUUGUUAUUGGCACCCGCGUUCCCUCUCAGACCACCCUCGUUGAACCCUAG